AUGUCCUCAUUAGAGAAUGUUCUUUAUUUCCAAGCUGGACUUGGAGUCUUAGCCAACAUGUUUCUCCUUUUUUUCUAUACCAUCAUAAUCGUAGGUCACAGAGCUAAGCCCAUGGACCUGAUCUCUUGUCAAUUGAACUUCAUUCACAUAGUGUUGAUCCUCACUGGAGGGGACACUUGGCUUACAGGCAUAUUUGCAUCACUGAACAUUAAGAAUGACUUAAAAUGUAAAGCAACUUUUUAUGUAAGCAGGGUGAUGAGAGGCCUCUCCAUCUGCACCACCUGCCUCCUGAGUGUGUUCCAGGCUGUCACUAUCAGUCCCAGUACUUAUCUGUUGGCAAAAUUUAAACAUAAACUAAAAAAAUACAUGAUCAAUGCUUUCUUCUAUAUUUGGUCUUUCAAUUUGUCCUUCAGUAGUAACCUGAUCUUCUAUGUUGGUGGUUUUACCAAUGUGAGUGAGACCAAGCAGAUAAAGGUCACUAAAUCCUGCUCACUCUUCCCCAUGAACUAUAUCAUCAGAGGACUGACUUUAACAGUGACAAUCUCUAGAGAUGUGUUUCUUGUAGGAGUCAUGCUGACCACAAGCACGUACAUGGUGAUUGUCUUGUUCAGACAUCAGAGGCAAUGCAAGCAUCUUCAUAGCAUCAGCCACGUUAGAGCACCUCCUGAGAAAAGGGCCACCCAGACCAUCUUGCUGCUGGUGGUUUUCUUUGUGGCCAUGUACUGGGUGGACUUUGUCAUAUCAUGCACCUCAUUCCUCUUAUGGAUGUAUGACCCAGUCAUCGUGACUGUUCAGAAAUUUGUGAUGAAUGUUUAUCCAACAAUUACUCCUUUGGUACAAAUCAGUUCUGAUAAGAGAAUAAUCAAUGUGCUGAAAAUCUUCCAGUCAAAGUUCCACUAG